GCUGCUGGGCAGGGCCACGUGCGCUUGACGCCCUUGAUUUUCCCCCCCUGCCAUCCCUUGGAGUGGGCUUCAAGCACCCACCAGCCUGGAGCAGGGCAUGAGCCAGUGCCAUAUCGCGGAACUCUAGGCUGGAGAACCAGCCUCAAAGGCAUUAUGGAAUAACAUCUCCAAUUAGCUUGGCUCCUCCUAAGGAAAUAGAUUAUAUUCACACACAGAAAUUAACUGAAGCAAUGAAGCCAUUUGGAGUAUUCGAAGAUGAAGAAGAGCUAAAUCAUAGGCUAGCUGUUCUUGAUAAAUUGAAUAACUUAGUCAAAGAAUGGAUUUUGGAACUUGGUGAGAGUAAGAAUCUUCCACCUUCAGUUGUAGCAAAUGUUGGUGGCAAAAUUUUCACAUUUGGUUCCUAUAGGCUUGGAGUACAUACCAAAGGAGCUGACAUAGAUGCCCUUUGUGUUGCUCCUAGACAUGUGGAAAGAUCAGAUUUCUUUCAGUCGUUUUUUGAAAAAUUAAAACAUCAGGAUGGAAUCAGAAAUUUAAGAGCAGUAGAAGAUGCAUAUGUACCAGUUGUCAAGUUUGAAUUUGAAGGUAUUGAGAUUGAUCUUGUGUUUGCAAGAUUGGCUAUACAGACUGUGUCUGAUAACUUGGAUCUUAGAGAUGAUUCACGCCUGAGGAGUCUGGAUAUAAGAUGUAUACGGAGCUUAAAUGGUUGCAGAGUUACUGAUGAAAUUCUCCAUUUAGUGCCAAACAAGGAGAACUUUCGGCUAACACUUAGAGCAAUCAAACUGUGGGCAAAACGUCGCGGAAUUUAUUCCAAUGUGCUGGGAUUUCUUGGUGGUGUUUCUUGGGCAAUGUUGGUAGCAAGGACAUGUCAGUUAUAUCCAAAUGCAUUGGCAUCUACUCUAGUUAACAAAUUCUUCCUAGUUUUUUCAAAAUGGGAAUGGCCCAAUCCUGUGUUGCUGAAACAACCUGAAGAUAGCAAUCUAAAUUUACCAGUCUGGGACCCUAGGGUAAACCCAUCUGACAGAUACCAUCUAAUGCCUGUAAUCACACCAGCCUAUCCACAGCAGAACUCAACAUAUAAUGUGUCUACGUCAACAAGAGCAGUCAUGGAAGAGGAGUUCAAACAUGGUCUUGCUGUCACGAAUGAAAUUCUCCAAGGAAAAUCAGAUUGGCCAAAGCUCCUUGAACCGCCAAACUUCUUUCAAAAAUAUAAGCAUUACAUUGUGUUGACUGCUAGCGCCUCUACUGAAGAGCAUCAUUUAGAAUGGGUUGGUCUGGUUGAAUCUAAAAUCCGUGUACUUGUUGGAAACUUGGAGAGGAAUGAAUUUAUCAAUAUUGCACAUGUAAAUCCGCAGUCUUUUCCUGGCAACAAAGAACAAUAUAAAGAGAGUGACUAUGUAUCAAUGUGGUUCCUUGGAAUCAUUUUUAGGAAAGUGGAGAAUGCAGAAAGCGUUAGUAUUGAUUUAACAUAUGAUAUACAGUCAUUCACAGAUACAGUUUACAGGCAGGCAAAUAAUAUCAACAUGCUAAAAGAAGGCAUGAAGAUUGAAGCAACUCAUGUAAAGAGAAAGCAACUUCACUAUUAUUUGCCUGUGGAAAUUUUACAGAAAAGGAAGAAGAGCAUACCAGACAUCAGUCGAAAUGCUGGCAGCCUUCAGUCCAAAAGGAUCUGUUUGGACAGUUCCAGAGAUGUAGAUACAGGGACACCAUAUUGUUCUCCUUCACUAAGCAAGAUAAUUAAGUUGGACAAAGCAGCAGAAACCGACAGCAGUACUGUAGUCCAGAGAGCCAGUGUUGCUACCAGUAGAGAGAAGCCAGAUGUAUCUGCAUCAGUACCUGUUAAAGGAUCGUCCAUUCCAGUUAUUGCUUCAAAGAGGGAGACUACAGUCACCAUAAAAGUCACAUCUCCAGCUGGCUGCACUAUUCCUACAGUAGUAGGACGAAAUGUGAUUCCUCGACUUGUUGCACCUCAAGUUGCCCGAAGCCAACAGCAUCUAAAUGGCAUUUCAACAAUGAACGAUAAAAGUGCUGCACCUAAGAGACCUCACUCGCCUUCGUCAGAAGAAUGCCCCAAACGACUGAAGGACAGAGAAAAGUUAAUUGGAUUGGACUUGGCAUUCAGAAGCCUUGGCAAUCCUCAGGAGGAUGCAAGGAGAGAAUCUACAGGAAAAAAUGAUGAGCUUGGAGGGGAAUUCAUGCCUAUUCCAACUAUCAGCACAUCAAGAUCACAGAGACUUCCCAGUAGAGAAUUACCUGACUUAUCCUCUCCUGUUCCUACAAAUAACGUUCGCAUCAUUAAAAAGUCCAUCAGACUAACACUUAACCGGUGAUUGCUGUGCCUCUUCAGUAUGCAGAUGAAUCAUUAAUGAAUGAGAUGGCAAGGAUGUGGAGGAAGAACUGGAAAGAAAUAAGCAUUUUUGUAAGGUUCUUGCUUUCUUAUUGUAUGCACAUAAACUUGGAGAACAAAGUUCAGUUUAGAAGAACUUUAAUAUUUUUUUUAAGCUUUUAAGAUUUUUAUGCUAGGUUUCAGUGUGCUUCAUGCAUGUUAGAUUUAAGAAAUGUUUAUAAAAUGGUAUUGGGAUCCCAUAAUUUUAUCUUGGCUUCCUGAUUUUUAAAAUUUUAUUAGUCCAACAAGGUGGUUCUCUCCAGCUGUUAGCUUCCCUAGUAUUUGAAUUAAAGUAUUCUCUGACCUGCUGAUCAGCAACUUGACUUUCAUCUGUCUUGUAGAAGUUUCAACUAUAUACCUUUUUUAUUAAAUCAAGAAAUAAUCACAGAGCCUACAAGUAUUUUUAGUAAUCUUCCAAAUAGAACCAUGCUUCCAAGUAACUUCAUCAGUAUAGCUACCUCAGCUUUUUUGUAAUGUUUUUAAAUUGUCAAAUCUGUGUGAAAUAGGAUGUGUAUUGUACAACAAACAUCUGGCUUUCAAUCUGAAAAACAACUGAAGAUUCAUGAAUCUGAAGAAAUUACAAGUAAUUUCAAGGUGACUAAGACAAACUGCAAAGGAAAUAUAAAACCUAGUGUCCCAUGAUCUCCUCAUGGAAAAAUUGGCCAACUGCGGCCUUGGCCACAUCACAGUCCGAUGGGUGGGGAACUGGCUCCAAGGUCAGACCCAGAGAGUGGUAAUUGAUGGAAGGAAAACAUCCUGGUGCACUGUGACCAGUGGAGUUCUCCAAGGCUCCAUCCUUCGGCCUAUGCUCUUUAGCAUCUUUAUUAAUGAUGUAGACAUUGGUAUCGGAAGCAGACUGGUCAAGUUUGCCAAUGACACCAAACUUUGGGGUAAAGUGUCCACCCC